AUGGUCUUUAUCGUCAAGAUCCCCAACCACAACCGAUCCAGGGGCAACACGCCGGACCCUUCGAGCGAGGCGCCAGAGCUGCCGCCGGCGGACCCGGAGCCGCAGCAGCCUGCGACCUCCGAUGCUGAGCCCAUGCUCCCUUCGCAGGGACCGGUCGCAGAGGCGAAAGAUCGGCAACCUCUCCGACCAGCCGGCCCGGCCGCGCUCGACAUCCUGCUGGCGCCUGCCGUGCUCAACCACCGCUACGUGCGCGGCGUCGACAAGUCGCUGAUCGUCGAGCGGCCGGAACGCAUCCGAGCGGUGCUCCUCGGCGUCGCCGGCGCCAUCGGAAGUCACCCGCAAUCGCAGGGGCAGCAGCAGGAGGGAGCGCGCGCCGCCGUCAAGUCGGAGAGCUCCGCCGGCGAUGCCGCCGACGACCUCGUCGCCCAGCUCUCGUCGCUGUCGGUCCGAGGCGACGACGCUCGCACCGGUGCCCCGCCGCCGUUUCGCGUGCUUCACUCGACCCGCUCGCUGAGCCUCGACCCGCCGCACCCGUCGGUCGGGUACGUCCAUGCCCAUUCAGACGAGAUGGUCGAGGUGCUCGAGUCGGCCUACGCCGAGGCAAAGAGGAAGCGCCACCAGGCCAGGCAGGCCCGGCUCGAUGUCGAUGUCGAAGCCGACGUCGACCUCGAUCCCACGAUCACGUCCGCGAGCACGGCUGCUGCCGAACCCGAAGCGCAGCAGCAAGGGACACGGGCGGCCCCCUCCAGCUCGCAUGCUGCUUACAUCCACCACCUGGCAUCGCGAGCGCCGAGCGAGCCACCCCUCUCGCAAGCGGCUCAGGCUGCGAGCCGCGAUCAAAAGGGCGCCCCGGCAUCGUCCAGCUCGACGGCCGAGAGCGACGACUACACGUCUAGCGACGGCGAGGGUGAUGACGCCAUGCAUCCGUCCGAGAUCCCCCAGCACCUCCCGCAGGGCGAUCUCUACCUGGCAGGGGCGACCGACGAGCGCGGCGAUGGCGGGUCGAGCCAGGCGAUCCGGCAUGCCAUGGGCGCAUGUGCCGAGGCCGUCGACCGCGUCGUCGCGGCGGCGCGCGCCGAGAGGCAGACUGGAGGCGGUCCAUCGGCCCGGCCACUCAGCGAGCUGGCAGAGGUCCGAUACGACGAUCAGGCAUUCGCGCGCGGGGAAACGAGCGAUGCGACCGAGCCGCCAGCGAGCCGGCAAGAACCAGGCGAUGGCAUCGGUGGGCCACCGUCGAAACGCGCCUUUGUCCUGAGCAGACCGCCAGGCCACCACUGCUCUGGCUCCUCGCCCUCGGGCUUCUGCUGGAUCAACAACGCCGUUGUCGCCGCCGCCCACGGCUACCUCGACCACGGCAUCGAUAGGGUCGUCGUGUUCGACAUCGACCUCCACCACGGCAACGGCACGCAGGCCUUGGCCUGGCGAAUCAAUGCGGACAGCCAGCGGCACGACCUCGACCGCGAAGCCCAGCUCGAGGCGCUGCGGGCCAGUGCCGUGGAGCGCAACCGAGCCGCCCUCAAGUCGGGCCCGCGAGGCCGCCAGGGCGCCGCCGCCGCCGCCGCCGCUGCCGCUUCGCUGGUCGACCAGAAGGCGCUCGAGGCCCAGGUCGGGCCGAGAGGGCUGCGCAUCUUCUACAGCAGCAUCCACGACAUCGAGAGUUUCCCCUGCGAGGAUGGCGACCCGGACCUCAUCAGGGACGCCAGCGUCUGCGUCGAAGGCGCGCACGGGCAAUGGAUCUGGAACGUCCACCUCGACCACUACCGCGACGAAGACGACUUCUACCGGCUGUACGACGAGCGCUACUCGGCCCUGUUUGACAAGGCGAGGCGCUUCCUGGAGCGCACGGAUGCGAGGCCCGAGUCGACCCUGGUCCUCAUCUCUGCCGGCUUCGACGCCUGCUCGUACGAGUAUCCGGGCAUGCAGCGCCACGGCAAGCACGUCCCGCCGAGCUUCUACGACCGCUUCGCCCGGGACUCGGUGCGCUUCUCGGAGCGCUGGGCCGAGGGCAAGGUGAUCAGCGUCCUCGAGGGCGGCUACUCGGACCGCGCCCUUUGCAGCGCCGCAAUGGCCCACGUCAUGGGGCUCGCCGGCACGACGGCGACGCCAGGCGCACCGACCGAGCCCGCAUGGAGGCUCGAGAACCUGGUGCACCUCGAAAAGAUGUCCAAGAAGAUGGCCGCCUCGGCAGCGGCUGCCAUCGCUGGCUCAUCGACGCCCUCGGCGGCGCGUCGGCGGGGGCCCGAGCCGCCGGCCUGGGUGUCGCGUUCGUCGGUUGCUUUUGCUGCCUUCGAGAGGUGCUGCGGCAAGAAGGAGGUCUAUCCACUGGGCGUCCCAUCGCCGGCAGCAGCCGCGGCCGCCGCAUCGCAGUCGCAGGCAAGAGCAAAGAGGUCGGCAGGGGCGUCGCUCAGCGCCGCUUCUAGCCCGGGCGGGUCGUCGGCCGCCACUGGCCGCGUGCUGCGCGAUCGAAGCGCGCUCAAGCAGCGUUCGGCCUGGGACCCCAGCUCGCCCUCUGCGGUAGCCGGCGUAGCGUGGGAUCACGCAGAGGGAGCGCCUUCAUCGGACAGCAGCCUUGCCCUGCCAUCUCCGACCGAGGCGGCCAGUGCGCAGUUCCGGCCAACGGCUGAGAUCAAAGCCGAGCAGGUCUCGGAAUCGACGCCCCCUGCCCCGACCGCCCCGCCGACGCGCGGCCCUUCUUCGCAAGUCGAUGCGGCUCCGACGACUUCGCGCAUCGGCAGCGUGACGCCCAAGGCCGACGGCAUCCAGACGACGCCCGUGACGCUCGUCGACGCCAUGCACCACUCGUUUCCAUCGACGUCGCCGUCGCAUCCGUCGCGGGGCGGGACCGAGCGCACGCCCACGUACGUGACGGCCAACUCUGCGGCCGACGACGGUGAUCGUCAGUCGUUUGCCGAGGGACUGCACCAGCAGCAGCGUCGUUCCAGCCUGGGCCUUGUCGGGCAGGACGGUAGCACCGAGAUGCGCCAGGCGGCCCACCCGCUGCCCGGCGCCUUCUCCUCGUUCGAGCUGCCAGCGGCAACGGGUCCGUCGCACGAGCCGAGGCAGGCCGAAAUGCUGCCCGUCGAGGCCGAUGCGAUGCAGUUCUACAAACAGCAGAUGGCGAUGCAGCAGCUGCACCAGCAGCACCAGCAGGCGGUGCCGCCGGUGCCUGGGUCGUUCCCACACGGGUCGUUCCCGCACGGCUACCCGGCCACACCGCAGGCCGUACCCCAGCUGCCCCCUCCGUCGGCGACGACCUGGCAACAACAACCUGGCGGCUCGACGUGGCCGGGCACCGAGGCAAACGCAUACGCGUACGCUGCACCGCCGGCAGCGCCCCUGCAGUACCCGGUCGGCCACUUCGGCCUGUAUCCUCCGCUUCCGCCGCAGCACGACUCCGUCGACGAUCCACACCGCCAGCAGCAGUGA